UUUAGGACUGUAGUGUCUCUUUAAAAGGCGAUCCCAUGCACAGGAUCCAGGGGGCUGGACCUUGAUCGACUUGCAUGCGUGUGUCUGUGUGCGUGUGUGUGUGUAUGUGUGUGCGUGUAUGUGUAUGUGUGUGUGUGUGUGUGUGUGUAUAUGCGUGCAGCGCUGUGAGGAGAACAAAUCGAGAUACAGUAGUAACCCAGAGUGAGGUGGCAGUCUUAUUCCACAUCGACACUGACUUGCCCUGCAUACAUCCUAUCUGUCUGUCUCUAUAUCGCAGAGCGCACUUGAGGAGUGAAAGAGAAAAGAGGCAAGAUGGCAUCUGGAAGUGGACAAUCCGGGAUCUAGCCUCUUCUGGUUUUUGGUACCACGGAGCGCAAGGCGUUAAUAACUAAGUUGCUCUUGGCCCUGUUUGGACUUCGCUGGUGUGGAAUAGCAACAAAGGACGGGAGCGCGCAUUCAUGGGAUGCGACUUUGACAGCUCUUCAUUUCUUGUCUUAUAACUUUAUUACCUGGCAGCGGGGGCGACAUUGUGACUGGGGCAGGAGACAAUGGCUGAGGCUCCGCUCCCCGACACACUCCCGGAAUUGGACGUGGUCAUCGACCCAGAUUUCGAGCCUCAAAAGCGGCCCAGAUCUUGCACCUGGCCGCUGCCACGACCAGACUCGAACGCGGUGAAACCGGAGAGCAAUGACACAGAUAUUAUACCUGAGGAGGAGGAUGAUGAAGAGGACAGUGCCACCCCUACGGCCAUCAAUGGUUCUGGCGUGGCAACAGAGGACCAGAGCAGCAACAGCCCCGCAGCCGAUGGAGCGCUCUCCUCUCCCGGCCACGAGAGCGGAGGCUCCCCGCUCUCCUCGCACUCCCCGACGGCCACCUCUGGCGCAUUGACCCCGAGCAGCUUGGCUGCUCAGCAGACCCCGAGGAAAGCAUCAUCUCGCCGUAACGCUUGGGGGAAUCUCUCCUACGCCGACCUGAUAACCAAAGCCAUUGAGAGCGCGCCGGACAAGAGACUGACACUGUCCCAAAUUUAUGACUGGAUGGUCAGAUCCAUCCCCUACUUCAAAGACAAAGGCGACAGCAACAGCUCUGCAGGAUGGAAGAACUCCAUCCGGCACAACCUUUCCCUCCACAGCCGUUUCAUCCGCGUCCAGAACGAGGGAACAGGGAAGAGCUCCUGGUGGAUGAUCAACCCAGAGGGGGGGAAGGGUGGCAAAGCUCCUCGCCGCCGUGCAGUCUCCAUGGACAACAGCAACAAGUACACCAAAUCCGCCCGAGGCCGUGCUGCCAAGAAGAAGGCUGCCCUGCAAGCCGCAGCCGCUGCAGCUGGCGAAGGCGGCGGAGACAGUCCUUCAGGUCUCUCCAAGUGGCCUGGAAGCCCAACGUCACGCAGCAGUGAAGAGCUUGACGCUUGGACAGACUUCCGUUCUCGCACUAACUCCAAUGCCAGCACACUGAGUGGCCGCCUCUCACCCAUCCUGGCUAACCCAGAGCUAGAUGAGGUGCCUGAUGACGAGCCCCCUCUCUCGCCUAUGCUCUACUCCAGUCCUGGCAGAGCACUGUCUCCCGGCAACACAACGAAUGUGGCCAAUGGGAAGGCCAUGCCGACAGAGCUGCCCCGUCUUGCAGACCUGGCAGGUACCAUGAACCUGAACGACGGACUCACAGAUGACCUGAUGGAUGAGUUGCUGGAUAACAUCAACCUGGUGCCAACCACUUCUGGACAAGCCCCUCCAAAUGGUUCCUCAGGGUUCAGUUUUGUGUCCAAACCCAAUGGGCUUGGAUCACCUUCCUCCACCUCUGCUCCUUCCUCCAAUUCUUCCUCUAACGGUGGAGGAAACGGCUACAGUAACUCCAUCUUCGGUCCCCACACAACGGGCUCCUCUCUGCGUCCGUCCCCUAUGCAGACCAUCCAGGAGAACAAGCAGACUUCCUUCUCCAGCAUCAGCAUGUCCCGCUUUGGCAGCCAGACACUACAAGACCUGCUCAACUCUGACAGCCACAGCCACAGUGAUGUCAUGAUGACCCAGUCUGACCCGCUGAUGUCACAGGCCAGCGCUGCUGCCGUCAUUUCCCAGAACUCCCGCCGUGGCCUCAUGCUCCGCAACGAUCCAAUAAUGACCUUUGGGACCACUGGAGGACUUCAGGGCAGCCAAGGGGAGAUGCUGCAAAGUAACAACCACAACCAGAGCUCCCUGAGGUCCCUGAAUGGGGGCCUGAACUUGGCCAAUGAGGCUAACAUGCUGGCUAAUGCCAAGCAGCAACUCCUGCUCUCACCUUUGGGAGGAAAUGGUUCCUCCUCCAUGCAGAUCGACACCUCGAUCUUCCUGAAUGGAACCGUUAGCAGCGGUGGGGGGAUCUGCCAGGACCGUUUUCCCACAGAUCUGGACCUGGACAUGUUUAAUGGCAGCCUGGAGUGUGAUAUGGACUCCAUCAUCAGGAACGAGCUGAUGGACGCAGAUGGCCUGGACUUUAACUUUGACUCUCUGGCCAACAUGAAUGGAGUUGGCAACUUCACAAGCACCAAGCAAACCUCUCAGAGCUGGGUACCCGGCUGAGAGGGGCAGGCCGGGGAGGAGCAGAGCAGGUCCGAACUGUGUAGUGCAAGAGAAAAUCAGACACACAACAUCAUUUUUGCCAAACCUGCCAUCAGCACAACGUAAAAUACAAACCCUGUGUUUACAGAAGAAGACUUCUCGAGAGCUUUACCUUCGCUCCCACACUGGUGAACCAUGAAAGAUCCGACAGACUCUAGAGAUGCUGCACAUCAGCCCUCAAAGCCUCCUGUGAAACAACAAAAAGAAAGCUAUGUCAAACAAUCACAACAAACUCACAAAUCUUAGAAUUAUGCAAUUUUUUCCUUUGACACCCAGUCUGUUGAUAUCAAAGAGACACUGCUUAUCAGAAGGGGUUUCAGGCGGAAUACCAGGACUAAAUAUCAAGCAAAGACGGAAGGAGUGCACGGUGCAGUUGUUAUUGUUGAAGAUUUUUAAAAAAGACACAAGUGUAAAAUGAAAUCAAGAAGUGAUGUGGUGUAAAUCUGAUCCAGUGGUUUCCUGGAAUGUGAUAUGUUGAAAAAAAAAAAAUUCCCUCUGUUCUCACUUAGUGAUUUUAAAUGUUCAGUGUUUGUUUUUUGGGGAUUUUCUGUUUUAUCAUCAUUGUUUCUGCAUCAUAUGUGUCAGUACAGAAAGAAAUUGGUGUAGUGGUGAAAUGAAAAGUAUGAAAUGGAAUAUCUUGCAUACACACAUACAGACAGAACAACAUUUUGCCCCAGUUUGCAAGAUUUCAGAGCUCAAUGCCACGCACUUCCAGUUUUGUUCUUAUAAAUUGCUUGAAUUUUAAAUUAACUGCAGCAUACCGAAGGUUAUAUUACAAUUAGCUGAAUACUACAAAAAUAUUUUUAUCCUUUGUGUAUAUCAAACUGUAAAAAAAGAAAAAAAAAAGAAAAAAUACCAGAGGAAGAAAAUCUCUGUCGUGGAUAUUUGUACAGUGCAGGGAAGUUGAAAGUUCAAGAAGGAGGGGGAAAGAUCUUGUCUGUCUUUUCUUAGUUUUCUUAGCUUUCGGUGAGUUCUGUUGAGGUCAUUUAUCACAGCAUAUGAUGUAGCCAAAUGAAUACCUGUGUCCUAGGGUUGUGAACAUUUCCACACCAUAACAGGUGCUAUGUAAACAGUGUUGAGUCCUGUCCUGAGAGCAAGCCGUGCGUUCUGUGUUUUAAUUUUUGUUUGUUUUUAACUCUUGACCUGCAGAAGCCCAAAGCUGCAGCCACUCGUAGCACGGCGAGGUCGAAAACCUGUAGACGGCAGGGGAGCGGGGGGUUUUUAGGCUCAUUCCUCUAGAAGCCAUUUGUUUCUCGAGUAAAACAAUAAGCUAUCUCUGUAUAUUGCCAAAUUACUUGAAACAAAGCAGCAGGAUAUGCUGGCAGCCAAAUCACAGCACACACAUGCACAUGCACAUACACAUUACACACACACACGUAGAUAGAAAAAUGAGUACCAGGGAUCUGUGUUAAAGGACCAGUGUGUAAGAUUUAGUGACGUCUAACGGGACAGACUUGUCAGAAAUGGAAUAUAAUAUUCAUAAGUAUGUUUUAAUCAGUGUAUAAUCCCAUGAAAAUA